AGAGAGAGAGAGGAGGGAUCUAGAAGUGAGAGAGACAGACAGUGAGAGUGAGAGUGGAGGAGUGAAGACCGGAGCUCCGACACUUUUUCUCCACUUUUCCUCUCAUUCUUCUUGUAUAUUUCUCUCUCUCAUGUCUCGCGCUCGCUGUGGAAUUCGGUAAGGGGUCGCGCGCGGUUUAUCGGGGGAUCUGCAGAACCGGAGCCGCAGUGAGUGAGGAAAGGAGGAAAGAGAGAAAAAGAAGAAGAAAAGAAAGAAGACAGGAUGUGUAGGUGUCCGACACAGAGCGCGAGCUCCUUUUCAUUACCCACCCGGGUUUACCGAACCGGAGCGGAUUUCCAGAGCGCGUGAAGAACAGAACAGAGGAAUUACUGAGUGGAUAAAGUGCAGAAGUGUGAGCUGGAUGAGUGCACGCGCGAGGAGAAAGGUCCUGGGCUCCAGAUGUCCCACCGCCUGAAAUUGUCCUGGGUUGACACCCAGUGGAGUGUAACAGAGAGGAAAGGAGGAGUUGUGGGCUUCUCAACUUCUCAGCUCCAGGGCUGCCGUUGCAAUUUCACACAGGCUCUGGGCCAAACGAGUCCUGCCGUGCUUUGAUAUUUUAGCAUGGAUGGCGCCAAUCACGGAACCUCUGCCCUCAAAAACGAGACCGUGGUGCUGAGGUGGAGGACUAGCAAUUAUCCAAGGAUUAACCCUGGACUUCCUCUCUGCGAAAUCUGCAUUAGUGCGUUCCUAUAAAGCACCUCGCUGGAUUUACUUCUCCUUAAACCACAGAUUUUGUGGGUGGCUUUGAGGUUUUUUUAAAAAUUUCUUUCUUUCUCAUUUUCCCACAAUGGAGUUCCAAGUUGGACUGUGGAAUAAUGACUGGACCUCAUUUGUUCGAUUUUGGUUUACCGUAUUGCUGAGCUUGCAUGUGCAGUUCGAUCCCGUUGCAUCAUGUCCCAAAGAGUGUCGUUGCGACAAAACAUUCAUUUACUGUAAUGAGAGAAGUUUAACAUCUGUGCCUCUGGGUAUUGGGGAGGGAUACAAGAUCCUCUACCUCCACGACAACCAGAUCAACAGCGCUGGAUUUCCAAUAGAACUUCACAACGUGGCAUCGGUGGAGACUGUCUACUUGUACGGGAACCAGCUGGACGAGUUCCCCCUCAACCUUCCCAGAAAUGUAAAAAUACUCCAUUUACAGGGAAACAACAUUCAGACCAUUUCUAGAGCAGCACUUGCCCAGCUACCCAAGCUGGAAGCACUGCAUUUGGACGACAACUCCAUCUCCACAGUUGGGGUGGAGGAAGGAGCUUUUCGGGAAGCGGUAAACCUUAAGCUUCUCUUCCUCACCAAGAAUCACUUGAGCAGUGUUCCUAUCGGAUUACCAGCAGAUCUUACGGAACUGCGUCUGGAUGAAAACCGCAUUGCCGAGAUAGAUGAAGGAGCUUUUCAAAAUGUUACCAAUCUACAGCGGCUGUUGCUGGAUGGAAAUCUUCUGGAGGAUGACUCCAUCACUCCUGGUACCUUUAAGAACAUGGUCAACCUCAAGGAGCUUACGUUAUCCCGUAAUUCUCUCACAGUACCGCCACCUUUGCUUCCUUCUGUGUCUCUAGUUAAACUGAACUUGCAGGAGAACCAGAUUAAAGACAUUCCUGUUUCGGUUUUCUCUGAGCUCAGGAAGCUUGAGAAACUGGAUCUAUCGACUAACCUGCUACAGACUGUACCACAGGGCGUGUUUGAUGAGCUGAGAAGCCUGACAAAUCUCAAUGUUCGAAGCAACCAUUGGCGCUGUGAUUGUGCUAUUAAGUGGAUUGUCUUUUGGCUGAAGUCCUUGCCAUCUUCCGUGAACGUCCGCGGAUUUACAUGUCAUCAACCAGAGAAGCUAAAGGGCAUGAUAAUCCGAGAACUCAACCUUGACAUCCUUCAGUGUCCAGCUGGUACUGAAAUCGAUCCGUGGCUCACUCGCUUACCUCCAUCCACAUCGCCGCCUCAUAGAACCACCAUCCUUCCCAGAACCACCCCCAGCACCACAAUAUCAUCCACAGUUUUCCACCCAACCACGACCAAUCCCACGCCUCUGGUGCCCAAUUUUCCACCUGCUCCCUAUCCUCCCUAUGAAGACCCUUUGAAAAUAUCCUUGAAUGUCGUGAAUGGCACAUGUGUCGAGGUUAGCUGGGAAUCUUAUUUCACCGUGACAGCUUACAAAGUCACUUGGGUCAAGAGGAGUCAGAAUUUAAUGAUGGAUAUUAGCCAAGAGAGGACUGUCCCUGGAGAGCAACGGAGAAUUAACUUGUACGACCUGGAACCUAGAUCCAAGUACCGGAUCUGCGUUUACAUUCUGGAUUCCUUAAAUAGUUACAGACCCGGAGAGGAUACGAUCUGUUCGGAGAUCAGGACCAAAUCCGCCUCUAGAAACUCCAACAAUCCGUCUGAGUCGGAUCAGGUGGCACAGCAGGACGUCACGUCUACGUUUCUGUUAGCUGGCGUGAUCGGUGGCGUUGUGCUGCUUGUUUUGAUUAUAUUACUUAGCCUCUUUUGCUGGUACAUGCACAAGAAGAGCAGGUCUGCCUGUUCCUCGUCCAAAUGGAAAUACAACAGAGGCAGGAGAAAAGAUGACUACUGUGAAGCUGGCACCAAGAAGGAUAACUCCAUCCUGGAAAUGACCGAGACCAGCUUUCAGAUUGUGCCGCUGAACAAUGAGCAGCUUCUAAAGGGCGAUUUCAGGAUCCAACCCAUUUACACACCCAACGUUGGCAUUGGAUACAGAGACUGCCACCUCAGUAACAACAGCAUUGUUUAUUGCAAGAGCAGCAACGUUCCUGGUGUGGAAUUUUGCCACACGUGAUGCUAUGAUCAUUUUUUAAAAAAAGACGUAAUAAACAUUCACUGUACGAUUGUACAAUGCACACACACACACACACACACACACACACACACAUACACACACACACAGUUUUAUAUCUAAAUCUAAAUCUGAAUAUAUUCCCCCAUGGUAAUUUAUAUUGCAGACAAUUACGUGGAGUUCGGCUUUGGGUUUGUUUUUUAUUUUUCUUAGCAAAUGGUUUUGUAAUUAGCGUGGACCUGGUGUAAGUCAGUGGUGUUAAGUGCAUUAGUCCAGGUUUUCUGCCUCUCGGGUGUGAACGUGGAUACCUUGCUAAGAACUGAAAUACAAACCCCUGCGGUGAAACAGUAGUUAAGAUAACAAACUGGUCAGGAAAAUUAAACAGCGCUGAUUAGCCUGCAGUGGAAAAAAUAAUACAGGAGCGGAGCUGUUUUUAUUUUUUUUGUGCGGUCUUGUUGUCGACGUGGCGGAGUGAAGCAGUCGAUCAGGAAAUGAGCUUUUUCUGAAAGUCACUUCUGAACACGGUUACAACAUUUCAACACCGCAAAAACUUGCGAGGGGCCAAGAGCACGAGCUGUGAGUUGAUCUACAAGCUGGCGUAGUGUUUGGUUUGGCUUUCUGCCACCAGAGGGCAGUUUUUUUUUCCUCUGGAGGAUUCUUUCAACCAUUAACCAAACGAUACGGAUCCAAUCCCACUAAUUUCAUAUUGCUUUUUUUGUUCUUGCUGUCCUGUGUAGAUUUUCAUGUCAAACAAAAAGUCAAACAUAGAGAGGGCUGCUGGGCUUUCGGGAGGUUUUUCGAGCAGGUGUCUAUGAGCUCAUACACUCAAUCACUGGUCUUUAAGGUCUGCGUGUCUCGCUCUGGAGGCUCCUUACAAAUUAUUUUAGUGGAUUUACAAAUUAUACACCCUUCCUAACGAGUGCUGGAGUCUGUGGUGUGUUAUUAUCUCAUAAAGCAAUGUUAUUUCUGGUCCAUAUUGAGGUCGACACCUCACAUAGUCUUUUCUGCCUUUCACUUUUCCGGAAAUCUCGAUCUCUCUGUUACCUCCUUUGUGCUUACAGGGUUACAGGUAUGGCUCGGAUUUUCCUCUGUUUUGCUUUUACUGAUCAAGUGCUAGUUUAAUCAGGCAGCUGUUUAGAUAGGAUGAUGAAUUGUGGGGCAGCAAAUAAAAAAAGCUUCUUGAAUCCCAGUUGCUAUGUGCCAGAGCUUGGUUUGCCUUCAGAUCCCUGCAUGAGCGCAAUUAAAACUAUUUUUAAUGCCGCGCUGGUUUUUCCAAGCCGGGGCGCCUGCUUAGGGACGCCAUCUUUUUUCACCAUAGAGAAGUCCUUAUUAUGCACUGUUACUCUCUGACUUUAUUUGCUUUGACAAGAUUUUAUUUCGUGGGUCAAGUUCAAAGAAUCUCUCCCCUCUCGCUCAUAAUCCCUGGUUCUGAAAAAAAGGAAGGAAAGAAAAAGAAAAAGGACGAGAAAUAUGCAGAGGUUAUUUUCGCCCUGGAGGAAUGAAUCAGGAAAAAGAGAGAGAGAGCGAGAGAGAAGAGGCUGAUUGAAAGCAUUUAACCCUUUGUAGGCCAGCAGGGUAAUAACCUUUAUGAAAUAAACCCAGAUUGUGAACAUCAUCGAGGUCAGAUUGUUAAGAGCGGAGACGUGAUUCGAAGUCCACAUGUUCGAACUGUAAAAAAAAACCACAAGUAUUUUGUUCGUGUAGCGAAAACAGAUGUGUGUCUCUGAGAAAGAAGAAAGACAAAAGAGCUACUGGACUUUUUGCGGCUGUCGAAGUAUUUUUCUCAGACCGCCCUGACCCGCAUUCCAAACAGCACCAGACUGUGUUUGAGAAUUAAAUCACAACUUUAUUUUAUUCAGAACUUUUUAAUUAAACAGUGAUGUGCGGUUCAUCACCAAAAAGUUCUGAAUUCUUCCUAAAAGUUUGACAUGUUGUUCUUUGAGAAAUAAUAAAAAUUGUGCUAUCAGAGAAAUGAAAGAAGUAGAGGUGUGCUGUUAUAGGAAAACAAUCAACUUCACGGAUUGAAGAGGAACUCCAUCACUAGGUGUUUUAUUGCGUAUGUAUAAUGAUGGAGCUGAUUCCCCACUCUAGAGCUUUGCGGCUAAAGUAAUGGCAGCCCAUAGCCACCAGUUCAGCACUGUGCACUUACUCACUGUAUGUGAUUUUGCUAAAUGCUAAACUAGCACCACUUUGCUAAUCAAAUCUUUUAAAAGAACAUUCUAAUUGGAUGACAUUUUCGUCUUUAACCUCUGCAGCAUUUCUUUCUCGCUGUAAACGACGUGAUCUUCAUACUGGUCUCAAAUCAAGACUUAGAUCCAGGUUUUCUUCCUUUUUUCAGAAGCACCAAUGCUUCGUACGUAGCCACGAUGAUUAACGGCUCACUAGCUCAUGCUUACUUAGCGAUCAUGCUCACCCUUCCUGAAAGUGAGCACAGGAGCUCAGAAACUUUCGUCCACUUUGAUUUAUUUUUUUUUGUAUUUUUUGUGAAGGCGGAUUUUAACGAAUAGCUGUGGAUUUAACGCGUCAUGUUUCAUAAAACUGUACAGACUCUCUCUCUCGCUCUCGCUCACUCUCUCUCUUUCUCUCUCUCUCGCUCUCACAUGCGCUCUCUCUCUCUCACUCUCUCUCUCGCUCUCUCUUGCUCUCACAUGCACUCUCUCUCUCACUCUCUCUCUCUGUUUCUUUCUCUCUCUUUCUCUCUCUCUGGUGGAUUUUAUUCUCCAAUGUUCACUGAUUGAGUCCAGACUGUUUUUUUUUUUUUUGUUCCGAAAUUCAUGACGAAUGUUUUUAAUCAUCAGCUGCACCGCUAAAGUUUCAGAGAAAGAAAGCAGGAGUGGAAAUUACCGAAAAGACAUUUCGCGGUAUUUUUUUUUGCAUUAUAAUGACUUGGUGACUCAGAUGUUGAUGUUUUGUAUUUAUUUGUAGAAGGUUUAUUCGGUGGGUCUGCACUGAUCCAGACCAGAAUAAUUAGCAGAAAUGGUGUUGAGGUGGGUUUAAAAAUUUUUUUAUAAAUAAAAAAAAACGCUGUUUUGGUAUGUCCUCAAAUCUUUAGUUCCAUUUAGAGGAAGUGGAACCUUCCCAAUAUCAAUCCUUAUUUAAUUAUUAAUUAUUUAAUUAUUUAAUUUUACUAAAGAACACACACUUGCUUAUUUUGGGAAAAGAAACAAACAAAAAAAGCCAUAACGUCUAUAAAUCUCUAGCAUUUUGAUUAUUAUCUUUACCUCCAGCUCUAAAACAUCAUCAUCACGACCCUGUAAACCUUUCCUUUAUAUUCUGGUUUAAACCAGAUAAACCCGAGAGAUCCACUGCAACCAAAGCCACUUUUUCUUCAUCUUUUUUAUUUUAUUUCAGGAUCUCAUUGUUGUGUCAUGUACGUGCCUUGAAAAUGAAUUUACAAUGUAGUCCUCAACACCUUUAAUGUUUUUUGCACAAAUUGUACAUAACGAAGUUUUUUGUUUGUUUGUUUUUGUUUUUUUUUAAAUAAAGAACUUGGAUUUGAA